GUUGCAGUCUCAUAUUUACGGUAAUACCUUAUGAGUUGAACGGAAGUGCGAUUACAUACGAAUAUCCCACUUCCAACAUUGCUGCUAUUUAUCAACAACAUUGUUUGCGCGACUCGUUCUCUUCUUACACAUACCAAAUUGAGCCAUUUGCCAUAGUGUUAGAACUAUAAAUAAACGGAUUGUUUCUUACACAUUGGCUAGUUAGAGAAUUGUAAUUAUAUUUACUUAAUCACAGAGAAUCCUGGGUUGGACAAGAUGGCCAGCUGCAAUUUUCAGGCGCAGUUGGUAUCCAUUCUUGAGGUAUUGGCUAAAGCAGCUGUAGCAGAAAUAAGCAAUCGUGUAGAUGAUAGCUGUGCUGUUAUACGUUUGGAAAUGACCCAAAGCCAGCGAGAUAUUGAUGUACUGAAAAAGAAGUGUCAAAUGAUGGAGAGCGAGUUGAAGAAGACACGAGGACGAGUCAGGAGAAAAGGUUUUUACCCCAUGUUAUCAGAGAGAUCUUCAUAUCCAGUUAAGAUUGUUUUGAACAAGCAGAGGAGUAACUCGCAGUGGGGAGAAGACAAUAUGGCAGUUGAAGAGGACUCUCAUCUCCAUCCUACAGAUGUGGAGCAGAGAGUGGAGACUGAACCCAUACUGAUCAAAGAUGAGGAGACAGCAGAGGACAUGUGGAAGACUGACCCUCAGGAAGAGCUCAGGAUCACUGGAGAGGAGCCUGGUUCCAAGCCUGGGAAACCACCAUCCUUUGAGCAACGGCACUGUGAUGAGGACUUCAUCACACAACCCAAUAUAUCUCCCAGAGACUCCGUGGAGCAUUACCCCAAUUCUGAUCGUCCAGAGGAACCAGGAACACCCCGGCUCUCAUCUACAAAGGUGUUCAGCACAGAGCAGCACCGGCCAGACGAGGACUCACUAAACCUAGUGAUGGUGAAAGAUGAGAAAGAGGAGGAGCUGGAUCAGACCACAACCCUGGCAGGACCUGACCAGUUUGUCAUGGAUGACAAUGAUCGGCAGCUGUGGACCUCUGUGGGUCCAGGCAGAAACACUGACCCUGAUGGCCACCCAGAUUUCUCCUUUCAUUCCACAGAAGAGUACUCUCAGAAUAUCUCAAUUUUCCCAUCUCAUAGUGGGCUGCCAUCCAUUCCUACGAUGACCAAUGAAGUGGGGCCACCGCUUCACUCUUCUAUAUGGAAACCACAUGCUAAUAUGUUCAGUGCAGCAAAACACAUUAAAAGACAUGUCAGGACAUCGGCUGAUGAGAAUAGACAACAGAUGCCAGAGGGACAGAGUAGCGAGACGCUGAACUCAAAUAAUGUAGGUAAUAGUUUAGCUCUACAGUCAAGGCAGCAUCAAUACAGGGCUUCAGAAGCAACAGUGAGAUUGAGUGAGUGCAUGACAGGGUCAAACAUGGCCACCACCUCCACCUUCUCAGAAUACAGCCUGAGUCGCAGUAGUUUUAACAUGGUGAAGAGAAUGAGGACUCAGUGGAGGUCGGGCGGCACCACCGAGAGGCGUUUCAGCUGCACCUUUUGUGGGAAGAGCUUCCAGCGUCUCUGCCAACUCAAAGUACACCUCCGGAGUCACACCGGAGAGAAACCGUACACCUGCGAUCAGUGUGGCAGGAGUUUUACCCAGCAGUGCAACCUGAUCAGACAUGCUAUGGUCCACAGCGGGGAGAAGCCCUACAAGUGCACACAGUGUGGGAAGUGCUUCACCCGGCGCUCCAAAAUGACAUCACAUCAGAGAACUCACAUAGGAGAGAGUCCAGUGUCUCAAUACGUGAUACCUGCAUACCCUGGGGAUCCACACACAAGUUUAAUGUAGUCUCAGAACAAAUAGGAACGUAAUUUCAGUUUUUCUGUAACUCUUUCUACAUGGAAAUGUGGUGCAGAAGGUAUUUUGACAAGCUUUUCCUCCAAAUUGAUUUGUGCUUUUCUUGUUUGAUUGUUGACGGCUUGAUUUUGAGAGUGAAUCCGUCUUUUAGAUCAAUAAUACUAAUACAUGAGACCUAUAUGUAGAGCUUUUCAAUGACCCAAAAUUGCUUUACAAUUGUUGAACAAAAUGAUCACAAGACGGCACCAGACUAACAGCAGGAGAAACAAAGAGAAGGGGGGGAGCUUAAAGUAAGGACAAGGGUGUGUGUAGGUGCUUUUUUUCAAUUAGAUUUGCUCAUCUCCUGCGUCUUUUCAUCCUAGUCCUCUCUCGCCUCCUUUGGAAAAAAGGUCAAAAUAAUGGAGGAGAGGGGGAGAGGAGAGUGAUGUGGACGAAAAUGUGCUUUUAUGGAAUGAGAUGGUCCUUAUCCAUCAGGCAAAGGACGUUUACCGGGGUGGAUCCCAAAAUAAAUGUGUAAAGCGAUGAAAAAAAUGUAAGUUUUGCAAUACAUUUUAUACAUAAAAGGUUAAGUAGCAUAUUGUUUUUAAAUGUGUGCAUGCUUUUCCUCCAACGACAAUACAACAGCUGAUUCAAAGGGUGUGUGGAAGAAAUGUUAAAACUCUUCUGUGCUAGGAUACACUUGUGCUUCCUCGUCCAAAAGGGGGGCUAUCAAGAAGGGGGAGACGUCUUAGUUUGCCUAAUAACGAAUAGAGUACCACAGUAUGAGUCAUAAUACCCAUAAAACCUAGAGGUCAAACUAACAUGGUUUCUAUUGUUAUUCCACCAUAAAUUGUUCCCAUUGGGGAUUUUAGAAACACUUCAAAUAAGGGCUCCGUUUCAUGUAGGCUUACCCUGACAUGACAUUUUGAUAACCAUGUAAAUAUCUCAAUUAAGUAUUUACCCCCCCCAAAUGUAAUGCUAAUUAGCUGCUAAUGUGGCUAUCAUAAGAACUACAAAUGCCAUGAUGAUCUAGACGAGACUGUCGAGGCAAAGGAAAGAAUCUCUGGAUUAACUAUCUGUUAGCUAAAUGUAGUAAUGAAUAAACUCGCAAAAUGUUUUUCAAUUGACAGUUCUGUGAACUGUCUUGUGCAAGUUUUAAAUUGACACAAUACCUGUUAGCAAAGGCGUGAGUUAGAGAUGACAUGCAGGAGCUUGCAGGGAUUUGUAGUUUUGCAUAAUGCCUACGUUGACGCUAAUUAGCAUUUUCGAAUCUGAGUAAAUAGAGUCGAAUAUAUUGAUUAAAGUUACCUUGUCCGAGAGAUUUACAUGGUUAUCAAAACGUUAAGAUAAUCCAUCCACCUGUUAGGGUUAGGUAGCAUAUCAAGAAGCUGAUUAAACAGCAUGAUCAUUACAGAGGUGCUCUUUGUGCUGGGGACAAAAAAAGGCCACUCUGAAAUAUGCAGUUUUGUCAUACAACACAAUGCUUCAAAUUUUGAGGGAGCGUGCAAUUGGCAUGCUGACUGCAGAAAUGUCUACCAGAGCUGUUUCCAGAUAAUUUAAUAUAAAUUUCUCUACCAUAAGCAGCCUCCAAAGUCUCAAUACAUGGUACCCGCAUACCCUGGGGAUCCACACACAAGUUUAAUGUCGUCUCAGACCAGAUGGAACAAAGUUAAUAAUUGGAUAAUUUUUUGGAUAACAUUUUCUAUGGGAAAAGUUGGUACAUAAGGUAUUUUGAGACAUUUUGACUAGAUUUUCCUCCGAAUUCAUUUGUGAAAUGUUUUUCAUGUUUGACUGUUAAGGGUUCCUCAUUUUUAUUUGAUUUCAAUAACCUAUUUUUAAAAUAAAACAUUUCUCAUUUACAA